AUGAGACAAUACGGCCUCUACGGCAACCGGCUGGGCGAGAGGAUGCGGCUGACGCGCACUACCAACGGGCGGGAGAUGCUGGGCGGGUAUGUGCAGGUGACGGUGCACACCGAGCAGACGGUGCCCCGCAGGUAUCGAGAUCGAUUCAAUGCGGCCGAUCCCCCGUGUGAACGUGAGAGAGAGAGAGGGGAAAGCACCACAGGGGAGGCGACCUGGCAUGGAUGGCGUCUGCCGCUGUGUGUGUGUGUGUGUCUGCAGACUAUUUGGGUGAAGAGCAUGGCAGCUUCCGUGAGGUGGCCAUCAAGAGGUGUGCAGCGACUGAAAUGAGAGAACACAACACACCAAUGUGUCGUGUUGUGUCUGCCUUUUCCCUCCCUGCUCUUUCAGGUUGGCAUCGCUGUCGUCGCAUUUUGUGUCGGAUCACUGGUGGGAUCCGCCCUCUCCUGAGUCUGACCGCAUCGGUGCCCUGAUCGACCAGCCGCCGCCCGUGUGGGACGGCUGCCGCACCAUCGACUACACCAGCGACUACACCACCGGCGGCACACGCCGACUCGUCAUACUGUGUGGCGAGGAGGAUGGCGACGACUUCAUGGCCCACAUCGAGGUGCACAAGCGGCCUCACGGGUCGGCAUCCAUCGCCCUCUACACCACCGAGGCGCCCCAGAAGAUCGGCAGUGGCCCUGCUGUCUUCCCGCGGGCAGUCGACAUCGCCCGCAACAAGAUGCGCGACGCCAUCACAGUACUCCCACAGGUCAACGAGGCCAUCAACACUGGUACACGCGCACGAGAACACCAGAUGAGUCAACACAAGAGUGAGACUGUCUCUUGUUUCAUGACUGCAGCUGUCGGGUUGGCGUCGACGUGACUCAGGUGGACGGCGGCACACACGAAGACAUCGGAGGUAGCUGACAUGCAGUGGGGCGGCAACGGCCACUGCACGGGGAGAAGUUAGUGUUGAGGGGCGUGGCGUGCGUGUGCAGCGGUGGGG